AUGAUUCAGGCUUCUGUGUUAGUUGAGGUUGAUUCUGUAGUCAUAUUAUCUAUACCACCUGCACCAGCAGGUGCUCCAGGCAUUACUGCCCCAAUUCCACGAGCAUCUGCACCCGCACCUGUAACUCCAGUGCCACCAGGGGUAGGAACGGUUCCAGUUCUAGGGCCUCCUGGUGUUAAGGCUUCUGUGGUUGUGCCACCACCUGCAACAUCAUUCACCCCACAUCCUCAGGGGCCAAUCAGUGUUGGUGGUCCUGCUGGAUUCACAGGCCCGGCUCCCAUCCCAAGUGCUGGUCUCUUGGGCCCUGCACCAGGGUCUGUGCCCAAGUCCACUCCCUCACCACAGCAGCCACCUCUCAGGCCUCCACUCCUUCAGACAGCUACAACUCGUGCACCAACCUCCAUUGCAGCGCAGCGUCCGCCUAUGCCUAUGGCAAACACUUCGCCCAGACCUCCGGGUGCAGGGCUGUUAGGUGCUGCUCCUCCUACUAUGGGCCCCCCCGGCGAAAACCAAGACAAGAACGAGAAGCCACCUCCACUUAUGUCCCUGCAUGUGACAGCUCCCAAAGAAGAGACUCCUCGUGAGGUGAAGCUGCCACAGGCCUUGGAGCAGGCCCUGGCUUUCAAGACAGAACGUGCCAAGCAGGUGGGUGUAAAUCCAGAAGAUGUGGAGAAGGUUGAGAGAGAAGGGCUGGCUGGCAUGGAUGAGCUGGAGAGCCUUCCACCUCAGCCCCGUCCCCCUGUACCUGUGGCCAAAACCCAGCCCUCUUUUAUUCCAACUGGGUAUGGCCGUCAUCGCUUCCAGGAGGAGUUGGACAGACAAAGGAAUGAGAGAUUGAAGAAGGACAAAAGUGAUGCUGAUGAUCCAAACAUUGAGAUUGAGUAUGUGCAGGAUACCAUUGACCUAGAUAUCACAGAUCCUAAUUAUAGACAUUUUGCCAAAAUAUUUGAGGCUUUCCGUAUUGCGGAACCAGAGCCAAAGGUCGAAGAAGAGAAAGUGGUUCCCAAGACAGAAAUUCCACUAGUGGAUCCAAAGAAAAUUGGUUCAAAGGUUCCAGGGAUUCCCUUGCAUAAAAAAAGAGGAGGAUGAUAAACCAAAGUUAUCCAAAAGAAAAAUGAAACUGCUUAAGCGUAUGAGCAUUGCAGAACUAAAGCAGACAGUGAGUCGUCCAGAUGUGGUUGAAAUGCAUGAUGUCACAGCAAAGGACCCGAAAUUGCUGGUGCAUCUAAAAGCCACAAGAAAUACUGUACCUGUCCCACGACACUGGUGCUUCAAGCGCAAGUACCUCCAAGGUAAGCGUGGUAUUGAAAAGCCUCCUUUUGAGCUACCAGACUUCAUCAAACGUACAGGAAUUAUGGAGAUGAGAGCAGCCUUGCAGGAGAAGGAGGAUCAAAAGACACUCAAGGCAAAGAUGCGAGACAAGGUGAGGCCCAAGAUGGGUAAGAUUGACAUUGAUUAUCAGAAGCUCCAUGAUGCUUUCUUCAAGUGGCAGACCAAACCCAAGAUGACAAUACAUGGAGACCUUUACUAUGAAGGCAAAGAAUUUGAAACAAAGAUGAAAGAUAAGAAACCUGGAGAAAUGAGUGAUGAUCUGAGGAUAGCCCUGGGUAUGCCUGUGGGUGCUAAUGCACACAAAGUCCCACCUCCAUGGCUCAUUGCCAUGCAGCGUUAUGGUCCACCUCCAUCAUAUCCAAACUUAAAAAUACCUGGCCUCAAUUCACCUAUACCUGAAGGCUGUAGUUUUGGUUACCAUGCAGGUGGUUGGGGUAAACCCCCUGUAGAUAAUAUGGGUAAACCUAUAUAUGGUGAUGUCUUCGGUACCCAGAGCAAAGAUUUUGACUCCCCGUUAACUGAGAAUCCGAUGAGGAUGUCAGUGGGUUAGUAACUCCUGGAGAAACUGGUCUAGUCACUCCUUCAGGCAUUAGCUCUUUACCAGCUGGCUUGGAGACACCAGACAUGAUUGAAUUGAGAAAGAAGCGCAUGGAAACAGAAAUGGAAGGUGGCGACACUCCAGCAUUAUACACUAUCCUCCCAGAGAAGCGCACAGAGACCAUGGGGCGAGCUAUGAUGGGCUCAACACACACUUACGACUUGGGAGCAGCAGGUGUGGGUGGGGCAGCAGCUCGUUCAGCACCACAGGGAGUUGAGGUGGCCCUCGAUCCUUCAGAAUUGGAUUUGGUGGACACCGAUGCCAUGGCUGCGCGUUAUGAAGCUACUCUCAGGGAACAGCAGAAGGGGGAAGAGGAAGACUUCUCAGAUAUGGUGGCUGAACAUGCGGCAAAGCAACGGAAUAAGAGGAGGAAGCAGCAACAAGAUCAAGCUAAGCCAGCCAAGAAGUACAAGGACUUCAAGUUCUAAGUUGGAUUCAGAGAUAUUUCUGUGGCUCAUGAAAAGAUUGUUGUUAAUAUGAAAAGUCUAGUUCAGAAAAUGACUUUGUUUUGUAUGUAGAACAAUUGCCAGAUUUUUUUAUGCUUAUCCUUCCAUUGUAAAGUCGACUUACUGAGGAAGCCACAUAACUAAGA